AUGGCUGAUGUCCGGUCUUUACUUCGAAGCGAACUUGCAUCUCGAGGAUCGUCUGGACAGAGUGGAAGUACGGGGACGCGAGUCACGAAGAAGCGAAAAAUCGAGGCUACCGAUGAUCUAAUACGCAAGAAGUCUAGGCCUACGACGCCUGGACUUGAACAGACUUCUGAGCACAGUGAUGCGGCGGAUAUAAUUUCGCGGGACCAACAACUGAAGACUGCCACAGAUCAUGCUACAUUGCAUGAGGAUGAGGCUGGGCCUUCGCUGCCUCCCAGCAACGACGAGAAUGAAGACGUGUUUGAUGAUAAAGAGCCAUUCAUUGUGUCUCCUGAACUACAACCUGCACCCCCGAAGCAAUUAGUAGAUGAAGACGAGUGGGCCGCUUUUGAGCGAGAUGUCGUUGCGCCUACACGUACCGCGCAGAUCCCUGCUGCAGCGUUUGCGGCUGCAAUUAUAUCUGCUGCCCCGGUUUCAGCAGAUGAGCUGGCUGUUCAGCAACAAAAGCAGAAAGAGGGACAAGAUCUGGAGCAUGAGGAUGCAGAGGGAGAAAGAGAAGACGCUGCCCGACAUCUAGAAGAGGAAUUUGAGGAAAUGGAGCAGUUAGAAGAGCGCGUAAAACGGCUCAAAGCGAAGCGUGAAGAGCUCAGGAGGCAUCGCGCAGAGGACGAAAACACCAAUGCCACAGUUGAGGCACAAAAUACCACACAGCAAGAGGGUUAUGAAAGUGAAGAAGAGGAUGAAGUUGAUGCUGAUUGGGAUGACUGGAGGUUUCGAUGA